AACAGCAAUGGCCGCUUUUCGGAGACUGGCAGCCGUGGCGAACAGAUUAAAUGUGUGGUCCGCGCCUCGAAACGACCUCCACUGUGCUCAGACGUUAAUCGGAGGAAGGACACGAAGAUGUCUCGCCGUAGGGAUGUGUUUGGCUGCGGGAGGAGCCGUGGCGUUUUAUUUUUACAACGACAUUAACAACGAGAGCCGCAGGAAAAGGAUGGGCUGCUACCGCAUCAACGGCCGGGAUCUUCUGCCCUCCCUUCCCGCGGUCGCUGCCAAAGAAACGGCGAGGUAUGACUUUGAAGAAGGAGAGGUACACAUGUCUUCCCAUGAGCAUCGCUUUCGGUUGUUCAGCUCAGUGGAGUACGAAGGCCAACUCUACAUGACCCCCCAGAACUUCAUAGAGUCUGUCACCAUGAGCGAGCCACGCAACAAAAAACCCUGGAGAUCUCUAACUAAACAGGAGCUGGAGAAGACCCUGUUAGACACGCCCCCUGUAUGGAAGGGAACAUCCAAGCUGUUCCGGAACCUGAGAGAACGAGGUAUCAUAGCCUACACAGAGUACCUGUUCCUGCUCUGCAUCCUGACCAAGCCCCAUGCCGGCUUCAAGAUCGCCUUCAACAUGUUUGAUGCCGACGGCAACCAGAUGGUGGAUAAGAGAGAGUUCCCUGGGUGGUGAGUGUGUGCUCUGCAGGAGAUCUUCCGCAAGAAAAACGAGAAGAGAGAGAGAAAAGGAGACUUAGAGAAGUCAGCACAGCUGGUGCUAAAGAGGGACAGUCAAGAGCUUGUUACCAGGAGCUACUGGGACGUUCUGAGGCGCGGCGCAAGUCACGCGCUGUUCUCUGACCUGGCAGAGGACUUUAGACUGGAGCGUGCAGAGGAGGGGAUGAUGAUUGACACCACGCUAUUGGUUCAUUUCUUCGGGAAGAAAGGCAAGGCAGAGCUUACCUUCGACGACUUCUACAGAUUCAUGGACAACCUGCAGACGGAGGUGCUGGAGAUAGAGUUCCUCACCUUCUCCAAGGGCAUGACCACCAUCAGUGAGGAGGACUUUGCCAGGAUCCUGCUGAGGUACACCAAUGUGGAGAACAUCAGUAGCUACCUGGAGAACGUACGCCAGGCCAUCCCCGACGAGAAGGGGAUCACCUUCGAUGAGUUCCGCUCCUUCUUCCAGUUCCUCAACAACCUGGAGGACUUUGCGAUCGCCAUGCAGAUGUACAACUUUGCCAGCAGAUCCAUAGGACAGGAUGAGUUUGCCCGGGCGGUGUACGUGGCCACGGGGCUGAAGCUGACACGACACCUGGUCAACACCAUCUUCAAGAUCUUUGACGUGGACCACGACGACCAGCUCAGCUACAAAGAGUUCAUCGGCAUCAUGAAGGACAGGCUGCAUAGAGGAGCCAGGGGCUACAAGGCUGUGGAGAGGUUCACUUCCUUCAGGUCGUGUCUGAAGAAGGAGCUGGCUGGCAGCAGGUGAGCGGUUCCCGUGGCGGGUCCUUCCCCACCUGUGUGAGGGCGGAAGGAAGGAAACAUGUCCGCCAGCUCUGGAGGAG